UACAUUAUUCUCAAUAUUUUAACAAACUUGAAAGAAUCAAAUGGGAUAUGGAAAUACAAACGAUUUUUAAAAAUUUAUAAUCGAUCGAAAUGAUUUGUUUGGGAAAAUUUUAACGCUAUCCACGCAACACAUUUAAAAUUACUAAUUGUAAACAAAAUUGAUCUCAAUGCACAAUUCACAAAAAUUCCAAUAAAAUUGGUUUAUUAUAUUAAAACAAAUUUUAAUUCCGUAUCAAUAUGUUCCACGUAAUAAAUUAUUGGUGGCCCUAAAAAGGGCCGGUUUUAUAAUUCCACAAUAUUAAUCAUUUAUUUUGAGCUCGUGUAUUUGGUCACAGCUUUAGUACCUUCGCUAACAGCAUGUUUUGCGAGCUCACCAGGUAACAACAAACGCACUGCAGUUUGAAUUUCUCGAGAAGUGAUCGUCGAACGUUUAUUGUAAUGAGCUAAUCUCGAUGCUUCCGCGGCAAUUCGUUCAAAAACAUCAUUGACAAAACUGUUCAUAAUGCUCAUGGCUUUACUUGAAAUACCAGUGUCCGGAUGUACUUGUUUAAGUACUUUGUAGAUGUAAAUAGCAUAGCUUUCCUUCCUCUUACGCUUCUUCUUUUUAUCGGAUUUACUAAUGUUCUUCUGAGCUUUACCAGCUUUCUUAACAGCUUUACCACUAGCUUUAGGCGGCAUAGUGAAUAAUUGAUUGAAGUUAUCGUCGAAUACAACAACACUACACGAAACCAAAACGUUGAAUGAAGUUCGCGAAAUACGGCGUUCCUUAUAUAUAAUAAGACGAGAGUGGGGUUGCGCCAAUCGCAUUGAAGAGGGGAUCACGCUUGAACGCCAUUGGUCGAGAGGAUGGUUCUAGUUUUUGUAUAUAUAAGAACCGUUUUAUUUGUAGCGAUCAUUCGAUUGGCGCAUUCAGUCUGUGCUCUUGAAUUUUCCAAGUUUCUUAUAUCUUCUAUUAUCAUUAAAAUGUCUGGACGAAGCAGUGAUAGUAAAUCGAAAGGGAAGAUUACUAUUAAAUCACGAUCUCUCCGAGCUGGUUUACAAUUUCCUGUUGGUCGUAUCCAUCGACUUUUAAGAAAGGGUAACUAUGCCGAACGUGUAGGUGCUGGUGCACCUGUAUAUCUGGCUGCAGUAUUAGAAUAUCUUGCCGCUGAAGUUUUAGAAUUGACUGGAAAUGCAGCGCGUGAUAAUAAAAAAACCAGAAUAGUUCCGAGGCAUGUACAACUUGCCAUACGUCACGAUGAAGAAUUGAACAAAGUACUAUCUGGUGUAACUAUCGCUCAAGGGGGUGUAUUGCCGAAUAUUCAAAGUGUUUUAUUACCAAAAAAGACAGAGAAGAAAGCAUAAUCUAUUAUGCGAUUUUAAACGGCCCUUUUUAGGGCCAAAAUGAAUUCGUUAUGAUUAAGGGGAUUCUUGAAUUUCACAUCGUUAGUGAGAUAGGAUUUUUUUUACGAAGAUAUUAAAUUAAAUAUAUGCUAAUAAUGGA